ACCACGUCAGUUGUAGGAGAAAUCUGCUUUGACCGUCUUCUUUGUGUUUCAUCAAGGGGAGAUAGUGCGGUAUAGUUACUUGAACCUCUGCUUCCUGUUGUCCUUUCAGUCUUUGUCAGCCAAAAGAGGGGGGAAAAAAAGAAAAGAAAAAAGAAAAACAGCCGACGGUUGUUAGCCAAUGUAAUGCGAUGUUUGGAAGCGCUGCGAACAAGGUGUUCUUUGCGGCUGUAGUUUUGAGCAGAUAGUUUUCGACCGAAGCGCAUCCAGCCACGGAGACGACGAAACAACUCGAACAUAGAGGGGGGAAAAUCACUGAGAAGAGCUGACUUAUCUGGCCAAACACUGACACAUUUAAAAGAUGAUGACUUCAUGGAGUGACAGAUUGCAAAACUAUGCAGACCUGCCAGCCAAUAUGGACGGCGUUACCAUGAAGAAGUACAGGAGGGAGCCCUACCACAGAAUCUUCGUCAAUAGAAGCUUGGCAAUGGAGAAAAUCAAGUGCUUUGGUUUUGAUAUGGAUUACACUUUAGCAGUCUACAAGUCACCUGAGUACGAGUCGUUGGGCUUUGAACUGACGGUGGAGAGGCUGGUGUCCAUUGGUUAUCCCCAGGAGCUGCUCAGCUUCGUCUACGAUCCUUCGUUUCCCACCAGAGGCCUUGUGUUUGAUACCAUGUAUGGAAACCUACUGAAGGUUGAUGCUUAUGGCAACAUCCUGGUUUGUGUCCACGGGUUUAACUUCCUCCGAGGUCCUGAUAUCCGUGAACGAUACCCCAACAAGUUUAUCCAGAGGGACGACACAGAGCGCUUUUAUAUCCUUAACACACUCUUCAACCUCCCAGAAACCUACCUUUUUGCUUGUCUUGUGGAUUUCUUCUCCAACUGUGACCGAUACACAAGCUGUGAAACGGGCUUCAAGGACGGCGACCUCUUUAUGUCCUACAAGAGCAUGUUCCAGGACGUUCGGGACGCGGUGGACUGGGUUCACUUCAAGGGAACGCUGAAGGAGAAAACUGUGGAAAACCUGGAGAAGUACGUAGUGAGAGAUGGGAAGCUCCCACUUCUCCUGAGCCGGAUGAAUGAAGUGGCCAAGAUUUUCCUGGCUACCAACAGCGACUACAAAUACACGGACAAAAUUAUGACUUACCUGUUUGACUUUCCACACGGCCCCAAGCCCGGCACCGCUCACAAGCCCUGGCAGUCCUACUUCGACCUGAUCCUGGUGGACGCCAGGAAGCCCGUCUUCUUCGGGGAGGGAACCGUUCUCCGACAGGUUGACACGACCACAGGACGUCUAAAGAUUGGAACCUACACCGGACCUCUGCAGCACGGCAUAGUGUACUCAGGAGGUUCCUCGGACAUCAUGUGUGACCUGUUGGGGGCCAAAGGGAAGGACAUUUUGUACAUUGGGGACCAUAUCUUCGGAGACAUCCUCAAGUCUAAGAAGCGUCAGGGCUGGAGAACGUUCCUGGUGAUUCCUGAGCUGGCCCAGGAGCUGCACGUUUGGACCGACAAGAGUUCGCUAUUCGAGGAACUUCAAAGCCUGGACGUUUUCUUGGCAGAGCUUUACAAACAUCUGGACAGCAGCAGCAACGAGAGGCCUGACAUCAGCACUAUUCAGAGAAGAGUCAAGAAAGUCACGCACGACAUGGACAUGUGCUACGGCAUGAUGGGGAGCCUUUUCCGCAGCGGCUCCAGACAGACUCUGUUCGCCUCCCAGGUGAUGCGUUACGCUGACCUGUACGCCGCUUCCUUCAUCAACCUGCUGUACUACCCCUUCAGCUACCUGUUCAGAGCCGCGCACGUGCUGAUGCCUCACGAGUCAACGGUUGAGCACGCCCACGUGGACAUCGACGUGGAGUCGCCGCUGGCCACGCGUAACCGCACCCAGUGCAGCGACUGCAAGGACCUGGAGUGCAAACGCAACCACCUGACCCGCUCCUUCAGCGAGAUCAAGCCUCCCAACCUGUUCCCCCAGACGCCCCAGGAGAUCACUCACUGCCACGACGAGGAUGACGACGAGGAGGAGGAGUAAUAAAACACCCUGCAGAGUUGAGCCAUGUUCCCGUUCCCCGUCGCCUUGCGUUUCUUUAUAGAGUCGAAUGGUGAUCUCGAGACGGGAAAGAGAAACGCCUCCUGUGUGCGUUUGUGUGUACUUACAUUUACUGUCGAUAUAAAUCGAUGCACACAAACACCCCAACACUCACACACACACACACACACAUACUCGGGAGAUUUCUAAAAAAAUAUAUAUAUAUAAAUUCAAAGAACCAUUAGGAGGAAGAGAUCACUCAUGUCUGUCAGGAAAACAGCACGCAUGCCCGACUCACGAAACGGAAAGGAAAAAAAAAAAGCCACCCUGAGCAAUCAUCUCAUGAAACGCUAGUUUUUAACGUAUUUUUAUAACCAAAUAAUGUUUACGCUGUAAUCCUGCAAAUAUGGUUGUUAUACUAUACCUCUAACCACGAGACAAGCUAACAGGGAAUGCGCGGGAAAAUCGUCCGAGUGUUGAAAACAGACAUUUUUCUGCUGUUUGGGAACAACGUUCUGCUUUUUAAUCCGUUUAGCUUGUUUUCUAACUCAUGCAUGAAGAACUGUAUCUUCCCUACGGGCAGCAGGGAUCGGUUUUCCUAAACCUCAGGACCUCAGUGUGCAUCAGGUUCAGUGGGGAGUUGAGGACAUGGUACUGUAGUCUCUGUAGGAGCCCUGACAUACUGUAGUGGUUAUGUAACUCGCCACAUGCAAACGACUUGUUAUAGCUGCGUCACAACAAGCAGGCUGACCUGCACCAUUUCAUUUUAGUUUGGUGUUUGGAAGAUGAAGUUUGAACAUUGUAUUACACUAUCGGGCAUGUUGAUGAGAAAAGUAGAACAGACUCGCUGGGAGUGAAGGGAUUUUUUUUUUUUAAGGUGCCAAUAUGUGAAGUUCUUCAGUGUAUGAAGGUGUUUUUAGGAUGUUUUUAUUGUCACAUAUGCAGAGUCCUCGGCAUCAGUAAUCGAAGAAAACAUGCAGGCGGCGUGUGUACAGUAUUCCUCAGUCUGCCUAGUAACACUGUGGUCAUUAUAGUUAAAGCUGUGGUUCUUGAUUUUAAUUUUUUUAAAAAGAGACCAGACUCUUAAAAAUUAUUACCCCAUUCUAGCAUUGCUAUUUUAAUGUUGGGAAAAAUAUACUUUAAAAAACUAGGUUUCAGUUAUGAUUCAAAUGCAGUUUUACGCAAAGAUUUAUGGUUUUGUUCCCUUAAAAACGACAUACUUGGCUGUGUGACUCUGCAGCGUCAGCAGCUUGAAGCCCAAAAGCCCGUCUAUGCAGUGAGCUUCAAGCACCAGAUUCCCCCAACAUUUCCCAACGUAAAACUAAAUGUUCAGUUUCCCUAGUUUUACACAUUUCAGUAAAAUGAACACACUUGGGUUCUUUUAACCACCUUAUUCCUCCAUCCUGUGAUGCCUUUUUAAAUUCUGAUUCUUCAGCUGCUUUAAUCUUGAUUUCUCGUUGGCUGGCAAGUGAUGGCAAAUAAGUCUCUGAUCGCAGGAAUGUUUUGUCUUCAUGAUGUGAUUAUCGCCCGAUCGCAGGGCGAACUCCUUCCGCCGUCGCCACCGUUUCCCCCCAGAAUAAGGUGGAGAAAUUCCUCCCAAACUGCAAAUAAAGAAAAAUUGUCAUUUCCAACAUUUACUUGCGGAAAAUGAGAUGGAUUUGGGCCUUGAAUUCUGCCGAUUAAACGGGUUCAUUUUGAAAUAACACAAUGUUACCAUUUUACCUGGAGGAGAGCCGAGGAGUCACUGCUUGGUGGAAUAUACCAGAUUUUUUGGUAUUUUAAUAGUAUUAAAUUAUUUUAGCUUCAGUGGGAAAAUGUGUUGAUUUAAGCAAUAAGAUCCCAUUUAAGUGUUUGUCCAAACAUGACAAUAAUAUGAAGCUUUGGUAUUUUGAUCAAAGUUUCAAAACACCUGUGAUGAACUGAGCUGAAUUGAAACGGUCUAAAAAAGCAUAGAUGAGUUUUUUUGUGAGACGGUGGGUAACUGUAUCGCAGCUUCUGGAGAUUUUUUUUUUUUAUCAUAUGACAUUGCUUACUAGAUGCUAAAUCUCCACUGACAUUUUUCUCCAGGGAUUUUGCUCAUUUUUACUCCACAGACAGACCAAAAAAAAUAAAAAAUCUUCAGCGGUGAUCAGAUUUGAUUCAAGUUUUGCACGCACGGGGAAUGUGUUGCUGGGAAAAAUACGUUUUCAGGGUUUUAAACUUAGGUUUAACUGGGUUUAAAAUGGUUCAUGUGUGUGUUGAAACGGACUGCCUGAACUUCAUUUUUCCUUUCCUAAUAUGCUACGUUUUCCGGUUUUAUUGACAUUGUACGGCUCUGAUCAGUUUGGCCAGGAAAGGAAAGGUACAUGCCAUCUAUUCUUUUGUUUUUUUUCAUAUUUGGUUUGGCGUGGGUUGGAGGGAUGUUGUGAAAGUUUUUUUAGUUUGGUUUUUUUUAGCUUAAAGUGUCACAUUUUUAUUUGAUGUUGAUAAGAAAGAUCACAGCUGUUUGUCUUCUUUUUUUUCUUACAAAGAAAUCUUUUAUAUUUUCAUGUUUCCAUCUUUGCAGAAGUGGGCAUGUUGCAGAAGGCAGCUGUACAGCUAAUGAUGAAAGUUGCAUAAACUGCAUACAUAUACAUGCAGUUGGUAUCCAUUCUGACUCGAUGGAUAUUUCUUCUCUAAAAAGUAAACAUUGAAAGUUUUCCCAGUGUGUCAGCGUAGUUAACACUCAUAAAACACAGCAAACCUGUACAGAAAAUCUUAAGGAAGUGGGGUUAGCAUGAAAAGUACAAUUACUAUAUUAGCUGAGGUUUUUAUUUUUCUAAAUAAGUAUUUUUAAAUGGUCUUGGUUUACAGAACUGUAGAUAGACCUUUUUUAUUUUAUUCAAAAUAACAUUUUAUUUUCUGUUUUUUAACCCUACCACAUACGUGUAACGUUCAGACCUUAAUAAUAAAGCCUUGUGAAGAGCAUUAGGCUAUAGGAGGUUAUUUUUUUUCCAUCCUUGUGUUGCUUAGAAACAUUAACAGCCUCCUCACAUUUUCUAAACUGUCCUUUUGUUUGUAUGCAUAUCAGAUUAUGUUCCUCUGAACAGUAUUUGUUUCCUGAAAUGUUCCUUCAGACUGUAUAUUGAAAUCAUUACAUGAAAAUCUAGAAUAAAGAUAGUUUUUCAUAA